AUGACUAUUGCUGCAUAUGCGUAUGAAGCUGAUAGAGCUAAACGUUUAUAUUUUGGUCAAUACUCUCUCACACUUACUGACAAAUAUAUUGUUAUUUCUGAUGGAAAUACUGAGAAAUAUAUAACAUGGAAGGACUAUGAAAAGUUUGACCCUAUUUUAACUCCAUGUACUAUGCCAUUCAUUGUAAAUGGUGAAGUUGUCAUGAAGAAUGACACAACAGUAUAUAGGUCUGUUUAUGAAGCAUUAGAAUAUAUGUUGAAUUAUAAUCCCGAAAGAUUUGACCCAAGCACUACGCCAUGUGCAAUGCCCUUUAUUAAGGAUGGUGAAAUCGUAAGGGUUCCGAAUUCAACGGUUUAUACAGCUGUUCAAAACAGUUUACAAAACAUUUUAGCGAAUAUCUUUAAUUCAGAAACUACAGAAAUAAAAUUACCGUAUAUAACAGAUGCUAAAGAAAUUAAAUCAAAAACAACAACAUUAUUUACGUCACUUAAUGAUUUAAUGACUUAUAUAAUUAAUACUCCUUCUCCGACUACGGCAUUUGAUCCAAAUUCGACGGUUUGCAGUGUACCUUUCAUUAAGGACAGUUCAGUAAUUGAAUUAAGGGAUUCAACAGUUAAUGAAUCAUUAAAGGCUUCAUUAAUGAAAAUCAUUGAUUUUAACUCAUUCAUGAAUACAUAUAAUUCAUUCAUUAAUGUUUCAUACACUUCUAAAGAAGGUGAGCCAAAAACUAUAGAUAAAGCGGUGUAUGAAAUAAAAGCACCAAUGACGAAAUUGAAUUCGUUAACUUUUGAUGGUGAUAGUUCCGUUAACAGCAUGACAUCAGGAAAAACGAUUUUAACGAAAGAAUAUUUAAAAUCUCAUGUUAGUGAGUUCGUUGAAAUUGAAAAAGAAGGCGGAAUUAAGUUCGAUCCACUGGGUUUCAUUUUCAAUUUAGCGAAUGCGGGUGUUAGUUUCGCUGAAUGGACAACUAUACAGAGUGAAAUAAAUGCAAUAUGGGCGUUUUUGGGGUCAAAAGCGGGAAUGGGUGAGCUUGUAAAUGCUGCAAGAACAUUAGGUGAAACGGGAAAUUUUGUAGAUGGUUUUAAAAGACUUGUUUCAAAUGUUUUAACAAACACAAAGAAAUUAUUUAGAUAUACCAUACAUAACGGCCAGAUUUUCGAACAGGUAGCAACAAACCCUCCGGUUAUGGCUGCGUUGAUGAUGGUUAGAGACAUAAAGCCGCGUAGCGGUGAGGGCGAAGCCCACGAAGAAGAGAAGAAACCAGAGGAUACGGGUCAGGUUAUUCGAGACAUUAAAAACGUGUAUCCUGAAGUUAUUGAUUUAUUUAGAGGUGUUAAUGAUUCGAUUUCAAAUCAUUCUAUAACCCUUGAUGAAGAGAAUAAAUUAACAGAUUAUAUAUUCGUCAUUAUUGCAGAACUAAUGAAGAGAAUAAAUGAAAAAGGUAUCGCUGAUGUCAUAAAUGUCAGCGAUGUAAUGAUGAAAAGAAAUUUUGACUCAUUAUUUACAGAACCGAAAACAGAAUAUAGUCUUUAUGACGUAAUUACUGAAUUAAUGAAAAAGAUUAAUGAUAAUAAGAGUUCUGGCGGAAGAGUUGAAUUAGAGGUGAAUGAUGUUAAUGAGAAAUUAGAUAGUAAGGCAGAUAAAAACCAUGUUCAUUAUAUAAGUUCAGAUGAACAGAUUAUAACGGACUAUCAUGGAUAUUUAACACGAACUGAAGAAAGAGUGAAGACGGAAGAUGUUAAUGAAAGAAGAUAUAAAUACAUUCGUGCUGAAGGUUAUGACAUACGCUGUACUGUACAGUAUGAUGCGGGUAAAGCACCAGAAGCAUUUGGUUAUAACGAUGAAAUUUAUGCUUCAUACUUCUUUGUUAAAGGUGUAUUAGUUGAACCAAAAUUUACUUUGAGAAUAAGUAGAAAAAUAACCGUUGAAGAUGCUAUUAAAAGUAAAGCAGAGAAAGAUGAACUUGACGCAACGAACAAAGUUUUGAAAUCUCAUAAACAUAAUAUCUCCGAUAUAAAUGAACUUCAAGCUACAUUAAAUAGUAAAGCUGACAAGAACCAUACACAUGAAUCCUUCACUACUGUUAGAGCAGACGACAUAAUAUUGAACUAUACCCUUGGUUCAAGUGCACCUUUAGAGAAUCCAAGUACAAGCGUAAAAGAUACACUAAACUCCUUAAAUAACAAAUGUAUAAAUAUCGAAGGACAUGUCAGAAACUUUGAAACAUAUGAACUACCAGCAAUGUUAGAUAAGAAAGCAGAUAAGAACCAUACACAUGAAUUCUUCACAACUAUUAGAGCUGAUGAGAUAAUAUUGAAUUGGGCUAUUGCUUCAUCAAGCAUGCGUGAUGAAGAUAUGUGCACUAACCUAAGAGAUAUGGUUGUUGAUUUAGCCAAUAAAACCGACAAAAUAUAUGUAGAUGAAGAAUUAAAUCGUUAUGAUACAAAAGCAUUGAGUUAUACAGAAGAAGCAAAGGAAUGGGUCAAUGAAAAUUAUGUGAAGAAGUCAGAAGUAAAUGAUGCGGUUAAUGGUAAAAUUAAUGAAAGAUUUUCGAAUAUAGAUUCAUUAACAGUUAAUGACAUUCAAUUACAUCAUCAAUUACCUGGUCAAAAGAAUGUAGAAUAUAAUAAUCUUACUCAUGUUCUCGAUGGUUUCGAUGAAUUUAGAACUGAUGCAACAAAUGCGAUUACAAGCAUGAAAAAUGAAAUAUUGCAAGCUAUAUAUCCUGUUGGUUCUUUAUAUACAUCAAUGAAUUCAACAAAUCCCGCAACAUUUCUGGGUUUUGGUACAUGGCAGCAGAUUGUAGACAAAUUCUUAUACUGUGCUAACUCUUCAAAGCAAACAGGAGGCUCAAAGAAAAUUACUGAAGCAAACUUACCUGCGCACACUCAUACAGGAACUACAAACUUUUCUGGCGACCAUAGCCACUCAUUAAGAGACCACCCAUUAUACAACUCAGACUAUGAAGCUGGCAAUGAUGUUUUAUCUCCAUCUUAUAACAAUUCAGCAAAAAAGACUUUUCGACCAACUGAACCAGGAGGAAAUCAUGUCCAUACUUUCACAACAAAUCCAACAGGCUCGGGUGAAGAUUAUAUGCCACCAUUUAUGACUGUAUUCGCAUGGUACCGCGUUCAAUGA